AGAAAUUCGGCUUUCGUGCAUAAAGUUUACAUAACAAGCCAAAGCAAACUAAAUAUAUAUGAAUAAUCAUUAGACUUUGUUCUGAAGCUGAGAGCAAACUUGUUAAACAAACAAUGACAGCGAUGAUCACGUCACCUUUUUUUUAAAAAAUAUUCACAUAAAUAGAUCUAUUUGCGACCGGUUAAACUUUGAAAGAUAUGGCUGGCAAAAAUAUCAAGUUUGAAAACAUGAAAGUACUAGCUUCACUUUUAACGUUAUUUUAUUUCGUUGGUUCAAACCCUAUUUCUGAUGUAUCUCUUAUAGCAACCAACCAAAACAAAACAACCGAAACACUAGAAACUAUGUUGUCUAUUACAACGCACCCUACGCAACACAUGUCAUCUACAUUAAAUCCAAAAGACGUAUACGAAGUAGCAGAAAUGGUCACAAACCUCGAAGUGCAAUCUUUUUGUGAAUCGUUGUAUAAUGGUCAGCAAGUCAUGGAAAUCUUAUUCACAGACGAUAAGACAAAAGUAUGCGAAGAGAAAUACAAAAAGGUUUCAUACUCUAAACUCGUAGCUCGAAUAAUCGGAGAGACUCUUUUUUUUCAGAGAAUACCAAAAAGGAAAACAAUUGAUAACGAGAAAAAUAAACACGCAACCAUAAUAAAUGGAGAAAAAACAAAUAACCAGCAUAGUUCAACGCAAGAAAACGGCGAUGAUCAAGAUACUGAAAUAAAAAAAAUAUACAAAAUUUUUUGUUGCUACCAAAUUAAUUAAAUAAGGAGUAAGAUAAUAAAACGCUCUGAACGCUGUUAUGUAAGAAGAUCCACUGAAGAUACUCAGUAGUGAAACCGCACAUACUAUUGAAUCAUAAGUUUAGUUUAUCGAAUCAUGCACUUAAAAUACCUGUUAUUUUUCAAAGUUGUUUUUCCUAAACUUGCAAUUUUUUUUAGUUUUUUCAAUGUGGGGCGAAUUUUUUUUAACAAAAUUGGUGAUUAGAUUAAUUUAAACAAAACUGUAAUAGAAAAAACAUAAUUGUGAGAAUGUAUAUAUUGAUCAUGCUUAGUGUAUAGAUAAUGACUAACUUUGUAAAAAACAAACAAACGACAACUUAUUUAUAAUUUAUUAGCAA